AGCACUGCUGUCGAGGUCGAGGCAAGUCAGCAGCCUUGGGUCUGGCUGUGGCAGCAGCUGUACAUUUUGGUUUGAAUAAUAUAUUUGUCACCAGCCCAUCACCAGACAACCUUGGCACAUUUUUUGAAUUUGUCUUUAAAGCUUCAACAGAUGACGACGCACCCUGACAUAUUGCGGCUGCUGCCGGAGUCUUGGCUGACGCAGCCACAUGAGUUGACCGCCGCCUCGCUCGCAGACAUGUGGAACAAGUUCGAUAUCGAGCCAGACUGCUCCCUGGCCCUGCCCAGCUCCGAGCCCAUGAUAGACCACAACAUCGCCUUCACGUCAGACAUGGGCAACUUCAUGUGUGAUAAGGUGAACCAGAAUAUGGGUGCCCCGCACUCCCCUCUCACAGAGCAUGACCUGGACGACCUGGUGGCUUCUAUACCCGAAAUCCUUGAGUCCCCGUCUGCCACUCCUCCAUCAGAUAUCGGCGAUAUCCUGAAUGAUCUGGAAGGUAUGGAGAUGGCGCCCAUGUUCCGGGCGCCCGGGUACUCCUGGUGGGCACCAGUGGCAUCUCCAGUACCCGAAGUGUCCCUGAAACGAGACAUAAUGUGGGGCGCAGGGACGUGUUGUGCCGCCUUGCUGGAGCCGCCGAUAAAGAAGGAACGAAACUUGUCUGAAUGUUCGUCCGACGCAGUACUCAGAGAGGCACUGAGACAGGACGACAUCUCUGAAGACGACGACGAAGACAACCUGCCCGACACGCCCUCCGGUACCGACAGUGAUUGUGACGCUGAUGACCACAUGAGCGAGACGUGGAGCAAUAGUGGCAGCCCAAGGAGUACAAACAGUGCCUCGUGGUAUAGCAGCAGCAGUGCCGCCUUCAGGAACAAUACCAGUGCCUCUUACGUGCCUCCCUCAGUGAACAUUGAACACAACUAUUGUGGCAGACUACCCGAACCUUCCAACCACUUAGCGGGUGUUAUUACUCCCUCAGACACUCGUAAGUAGUUAUAUUUCCCUGUUGUCUUCUUUGUUAUCUUGUCAACUUGUCAUACUCCCUUCUCAUGUUAUCUUGUCAUAUUCUUUUAUCACAUUCUCUUGUCAUAUUCUUUUAUCACAUUCUCUUGUCAUCUUCCCUUGCCACGUUCCCUUGCCAUCUUCCCUUGCCAUGUUCCCUUGUCAUCUUCCCUUGCCACGUUCCCUUGUCAUCUUCCCUUGCCACAUUCCCUUGUCACCUUCCCAUGCCAUGUUCCCUUGUCAUCUUCCCUUGCCACAUUUCCUUGUCAUCUUCCCUUGCCACGUUCCCUUGUCAUCUUCCCUUGCCACGUUCCCUUGUCAUCUUCCCUUG